AUUUAUUUGUUUGAAAAAGUGAGAGAUCGAAAGUUAUAUCUAAUAGUUUUUCACUAUUUCCUCUAAGAACGUAAUCAUCAUGUUCCUGGAAAAAAUUGUGGAUAUAAUCUCUGGGAAAAAUGACGAUGGAAAAAAGCUGAAAGGAACUAUUGUGUUGAUGAAGAAGAAUGUAUUGGACUUUAAUGAUGUCAAUGCCUCUCUUCUUGAUGGAGUUCUUGAGUUCCUUGGCAAAAGGGUCUCUUUGCAGUUGGUUAGCGCUGUUCAUGCUGAUCCUGCAAAUAGUUUACAAGGGAAACGUAGCAAUCCAGCUUACUUGGAGAAAUGGCUUACUACACGAACACCAUUAGUAGCAGGAGAAUCAGCCUUUAACGUCACAUUUGAUUGGGACGAGGAUAUCGGAGUUCCAGGGGCAUUUAUUAUCAAUAAUUUGCACUUCAAUGAGUUUUUCCUUAAGUCACUCACCCUUGAAGACAUUCCAAAUCACGGCAAGGUUCAUUUUGUCUGCAAUUCUUGGGUUUAUCCUGCUAAAAGAUACAAAUCAGAACGCAUUUUCUUUGCUAAUCAGGCUUAUCUUCCCAGUGAAACACCAGAACCAUUGCGGAUAUACAGAGAAAAAGAAUUAGUGACCUUAAGAGGAGAUGGAAAUGGAAAGCUUGAGGAAUGGGAUAGAGUUUAUGACUACGCUUUGUACAAUGACUUGGGUGAUCCAGAAAAAGGCAAACAGUAUGCCAGGAAUAUCCUGGGAGGAUCUGCUGAGUACCCAUACCCCCGGAGAGGAAGAACAGGCAGAAAGCCAACUAAAGCAGAUCCUAAAAGUGAAAGUAGGAUUCCACUACUUAUGAGUUUAGACAUCUAUGUACCAAGAGAUGAGCGUUUUGGACACAUUAAAUUGUCGGACUUCCUGACAUAUGCUUUGAAAUCCAUUGUUCAGUUCCUUAUCCCCGAGUUUCAAGCUCUCUUUGAUAGCACUCCUGAUGAGUUUGACAGCUUUGAGGAUGUACUGAGACUUUAUGAAGGAGGAAUCAAAUUGCCACAAGGCCCUUUUCUUAAAGCCCUCACAGAUAGCAUUCCUCUAGAGAUUCUAAAAGAAAUUAUCCGAACUGAUGGUGAAGGAAAAUUCAAAUUCCCAACCCCUCAAGUUAUUCAAGAGGAUAAAAGUUCAUGGAGGACUGAUGAAGAGUUUGCAAGGGAAAUGCUUGCUGGAGUAAAUCCUGUCAUAAUCAGCAGACUCCAAGAAUUUCCUCCAAAAAGCCAGUUAGAUCCUGAAGUAUAUGGCAAUCAAAACAGUACAAUAACCAAUGAGCAUAUAGAGAAUACACUGGAUGGGCUAACUAUCGAUGAUGCAAUGAAGACUAACAGGCUGUACAUACUAAACCACCAUGACAUCCUUAUGCCAUAUGUGAGGAGAAUAAACACAACAAACACAAAAAUCUACGCCUCAAGAACUUUGCUAUUCUUGCAAGAUAAUGGAACGAUGAAGCCAGUAGCAAUUGAACUAAGUUUGCCACAUCCAGAUGGCGAUGAACUUGGUGCUGUUAGCAAAGUUUAUACCCCAGCUGACCAAGAUGUUGAAGGUUUGAUCUGGCAAUUGGCUAAAGCUUAUGUUGCAGUGAAUGACUCGGGUGUUCAUCAACUAAUUAGUCACUGGUUGAAUACACAUGCAACAAUUGAGCCUUUUGUGAUUGCAACUAACAGGCAACUAAGUGUGCUUCACCCGAUUCAUAAGCUUUUACAUCCUCAUUUUCGUGACACGAUGAACAUAAAUGCUUUGGCAAGACAGAUCUUAAUUAAUGCUGGUGGAGUUCUUGAGAUGACAGUUUUUCCUGCCAAAUAUGCCAUGGAAAUGUCAGCUGUAGUUUACAAAAAUUGGGUUUUCCCUGAACAAGCACUUCCGGUUGAUCUUGUUAAGAGAGGAGUGGCGGUAGAGGACUCAAGUUCCCCACAUGGUGUGCGCUUACUAAUUCAAGACUACCCAUAUGCUGUUGAUGGCUUAGAAAUAUGGUCAGCAAUCAAAAGUUGGGUAACAGAAUAUUGCAACUUCUAUUAUAAAUCAGAUGAAUCAAUUUUGAAAGAUAAUGAACUCCAAGCCUGGUGGAAGGAACUUCGAGAAGAAGGACAUGGUGACAAGAAAGAUGAACCUUGGUGGCCUAAAAUGCAAAUACGCCAAGAGCUAAUAGAUUCUUGCACCAUUAUUAUUUGGAUAGCAUCAGCACUUCAUGCAGCAGUCAAUUUUGGGCAAUACCCUUAUGCAGGUUACCUCCCAAAUCGCCCAACAUUAAGUCGAAGAUUCAUGCCUGAGCCGGGAACUCCCGAGUAUGAAGAACUCAAGACAAAUCCUGACAAGGCAUACUUGAAAACAAUCACUCCUCAACUGCAGACAUUACUAGGAAUUUCUCUCAUAGAGAUAUUAUCAAGGCAUGCAUCAGAUGAGAUUUACCUUGGACAAAGGGACUCAUCUGAAUGGACAAAGGACCAAGAACCCAUUGCUGCUUUUGAGAGGUUUGGGAAGAAGUUGAGUGAGAUCGAGGAUCAAAUUAUACGGAUGAAUGGUGAUGAGAAAUGGAAAAAUAGGUCAGGGCCUGUCAAAGUUCCAUAUACAUUACUCUUCCCAACAAGUGAAGAAGGACUCACAGGAAAAGGAAUACCCAAUAGUGUGUCAAUAUAGUACUUGCAUUUCAAUCUACAUUAUAUUGUCAAGUUUCACUUUUUUUUCUUUUGUUCAAUUACAACGUCAAGUUAGUGUGAUGUAAUUUUUUCUUGAUAUAUUUUCAAAUACAGUAAUAAAGUAAUAUUUCUCCUGCUAGCAAGAUAAAA